AUGAGGAAUAGAUUUUGCAUUGUACUGGCUGUGUUUUGUGCAUAUUUGUUCAGUCAGGUAUUUUAUGAUUCUCUAUGGAAACUAAGGUCUUACACUUCGCUUGACGAAGUAUAUUUUACAAAAUCUAACGAAGUGUUGCAUAAAUUCGACCACAUAAGGAGAUAUGAUUUAGAUAUUGGAAAUCCUAAAUUGGCAUCCAACUCUUACAUUGACAACGUUACGGUAUUGCAUAAGGGACCUCCGCUGAGCGGUCCAAAAUUUACCAGAGAGAAUGCUACAUUAUUAAUGCUCUGUCGUAACUGGGAGCUCAAUGGAGUAUUAAAGUCAAUGAGGUCAUUAGAAGAUAAAUUUAAUAGAAAUUACAACUACGACUGGGUUUUUUUGAACGAUGUACCAUUUGAUCAAGAAUUUAUGGAACAGACAAGUGCGAUGGCGAGUGGGGAGACGUAUUACGGUCUCAUUCCUGAGGAAGACUGGAAUGUUCCAGAUUGGAUUGAUAAACAUAAAUUCCAAAAUGCAUUAAUUAUGAUGGAUCAGCAAGGAGUACUAUAUGGUGGUUCGAGAUCUUACAGGAAUAUGUGUCGAUUUAAUUCAGGCUUCUUUUUCAGGCAGAAGUUAUUGCAAAACUAUGAUUACUACUUUCGGGUAGAGCCUCAUGUAGAGUACUUCUGUGACUUUCCUUAUGAUCCUUUCAAGUUUAUGAGAGAGAGAAACAAAAAGUAUGGUUUUGUGAUAACCUUGUUUGAAUAUGAGGAUACUGUUCCAACACUGUGGGAGACCGUCGAAGAGUUCAUAGCGUUAUACCCUGAACUGGUGGACUUUAAAACUAAUGCUUACCAAUUUAUCUCACAGUCCACUGAAUUAAAUGAGCGAGAACUCACAACGUCACCUGCAACAGAUUAUAACCUGUGCCACUUCUGGACCAACUUCGAAAUUGGAGACUUAAAUUUCUUUCGGAGUGAAAGGUAUUUGAAGUUCUUUGAAUACUUGGACCAAAAAGGUGGGUUUUACUAUGAGAGAUGGGGGGAUGCUCCAGUUCAUUCCAUAGCAGUCGCAUUGUUGAUGAAAACAGAUGAAAUCCAUCAUUUCGACGAUAUAGGAUAUUACCAUGCACCUUAUGGAACGUGUCCUAGGUCUCACGGAGCCAGGCUGGCGCAGAGGUGCGUCUGUGACACGGAGCCUUCAAAACAAAAUAUAGACCUCCAACCAUUUAGUUGCCUCCCCUUGUGGUGGAAAAAUGGCGGUGGAAAAUAUUUCAUGGGGUAA